AUGGGGAGGAUGGAGCGCAGCGCUUUGGAGGAGCACGAGAGGAAAAUUAUCAUCGAAUUUUGCCACUUACUUGAAAAAAGUAAACAGUUAUUUAAUGGACUAAGAGAGCUUCCUCAAUAUGGUCACAAGCAAUGGCACUCAUAUUUUGGGAGGACUUUUGAUGUUUACACAAAGUUAUGGAAGUUCCAACAGCAGCAUAGGGCCAUUUUAGAUACCAAGUAUGGAUUGAAACGAUGGCAAAUUGGGGAAAUAGCAUCAAAAAUUGGACAACUGUACUACCAUUUCUACCUCAGAACCAGUGAAACUGCUUAUCUACACGAGGCCUACGCGUUUUAUCAUGCUAUCAGAGGCAGGUGUUAUUACACUCAAGCAAGCAAAGAAGACAAAUGCGAAUUAAUGGUCAAGAAACUAAGAUAUUAUGCAAGGUUUAUAGUUGUAUGCUUGCUUUUAAAGAAAAUUAAAAUAGUAAGGGAUCUCAUAAAAGAACUGGAUAAACAAAUAAUAGAAUAUGGUAACACAUAUGAUCCCGAUGAUCAGGUCGAAUGGACAGUGGUAGUAGAUGAAGUGAAAGCAUUUUUACAAGCUGAGUCGGUAAUAGCCGUGAUACAUUCAGAUGGAGUACCAGCCAUUGUGUUUAAUAGGUUAUCUCCUAACGCUUCUCCACCCAUAGAACGCUCUCCACAAACGAGCCUAAUCCUCCACGAGGCACUUAUAAUCGGUAGCAGCUCCCAACAAGUCAAAUUCUCGGAAUUAACCAUGGAUAUGUUCCGAAUGCUUCAAACACUAGAAAGGGAAAUACCCAUAGAAAUGCAGCAUGCGUACGAAGACUCUCCUCGGCAGAGAUACCUAUCGACUCCAAACAAUCCCACCAAUAAAGGGUACCUCGAAAAUGGCCAUAGGUGUGAGAAUCCACACAAAUAUCUCCUAUUUAAACCUUCGCCUAGUCAACUGUUAGUAUACUUAGCUAGUGGUUGUAAUGAGUUACCACAUACAGGUGCAUUACUUCUUUACAUCUCAGCCGAUGGACAAAGUUUACAACCUUCAAGAAAUCCUGAAGACGUGGGUUACGAUGCUGGUGGUCUCAUAACCACUUCUAAGACUGACAUAUAUAAAGAAUGCAAUAAGGAGAAGUCUAAGUAUAGAGAGCUGCAAUGUCUGUAUCCUGGUGAUUUAGUUCCUUUCACAAGAAGGCCUUUGUUCAUGAUAAUUGACUCCGACAAUUCAUUUAUAUUCCAAAAUAUGCCUAGACAUUUUAGCCAACCCUUGGUCAUACUCAUGUCACCGAUGGAAUUGCCUUCUCCAUUCCAAGACCGACGACCACAGGGCAGUCUUUUCACAUUGUUCCUUCACGCACCUUUGACAGCAUUUUGCUACAUUAGCGAUGUUCACACUCUAUCUGUAUCACUAUGGGACAGAGCUGCAAUGUAUAUCGACGCAUUUAUGAACGAAGCUGCCCAGCUCUUCCCAAGAAGUAGAGUGGAUAUGACGUACAUGUCGUUUAUCGGUGACGAUUUUCUCCGAGCUCUGGUGCUGCGGUUCGUGUUCUGUGAGGUAACCUUACGUCUGCACCGCGCGUUUCGUGCGCGCACGCAUCUGACGCGAAGCUCUCCGCCUUUACCAGAUGACUUACUCGAUCACCCGAGCUUAAUACAAAUUGUUAUGGAUUUGGCGAGUCAUUUGCAGGUCCGAAGUCAUUUCCAAGAGGCCAAUGCUGCUGGGCCGCCUCCUCAAAAGGAUCAAUGAUAUACCCGAACCCCGGGUGCAGUCAGUUUCGUCUACCCCGUGGCCCAUAAUAAUUAAAGUCCCCAAAGUGUUACGUAA